AUGGAAAGACCCCUCACCGUCCUGCGGAUGAGCCUGUAUCACCCCACCCAGGGCUCUGCCGUCUUUGCCACUGUCCCCCAGAGGCUACAGCAUGACACCAGCCCACUUCUGGUGGGGCGGGGCCUGGGCUCCCACCUCCAGCUGCACCUCCCCGGCCUGUCCCGCCAGCACCUGUCCCUGGAGCCCUACCGGGAGCAGGGCGGCGCUCUGCUGGCCUUCAGCCUCAAGGCCCUGAGUCGCAGGGGCUGCGUGUGGGUCAACGGGCUGGCGCUGAGGUUCCUGGAGCAGGUCCCCCUGGGCACCGUCAACAGAGUCAUCUUCGCGGGCAUCCAGAUGGUGGUCCACGUAGAGGGAGGCACCUCCCUGGAGGCCUUUGUCUGCUGCUUCCACGUCAGCCCCUCACCCCUGAUCUGCAGGCCCCAGGCGGAGGAGACUGAUGAAUGGGAAGACAUCCCCGAGGAGCCACCUGCCCCGGGUUCAGAGCAACCGGUUCCAGGCCACGUUGGCUUUCCCCAUGGCCCCUCCCAGGCUGUGGACAGCUCCCCCGAGCCACGCCCCGGAGGAGGAACAGAAAUACAGCUCCAGAGGGAGGCCGCGGACAGCGGAGGUGGCGCGCCCUGCUCGCCCCACGGCCACCGGGAGCACUCCAUGGCUGAAACAGGACUUGAACUAUCCUAA